AUGCACCUUCUUCCCAGAGAAGAGGCGAAGCUUUUACUUCAUCAGGCUGGCACACUCGCGCAAAAGCGCCUUGCAAGGGGCCUCCGCCUUAACCAAACCGAAGCUGUUGCUCUUAUUGCUUCGCAGCUCCAGGAGCGUAUUCGAGAUGGUCUGAACAGCGUGGCAGAACUAAUGCACCACGGCAAGACACUGCUUGGAAGACGCCACGUUCUACCUAGCGUUCCGGGAUUGUUGAAAGAAAUCCAAGUGGAAGGGACAUUUGUCGAUGGAGUUUUUCUUGUGACAGUACACGACCCAAUAUGCACAGAAUCUGGAAAUCUUGAAGCUGCCCUAUACGGUUCUUUCUUUCCAGUCCCGUCAGACGACGUGUUCCCCAUUAUUGACGAGGCCGAGUAUGCGCCAGAGAAGACGCCUGGCGCAGUGAUAGCGAAGAAGGAAAGCAUUAUCAUCAACAAAGGGCGCGAAAGGAUCAAACUUAGAGUCACGAACAACGGGGACAGGCCAAUCCAGAUUGGCUCGCAUUACCACUUCAUUGAGACCAACCCCUCCUUGUCAUUUGACAGAAUCAAAUCGUAUGGGAAACGCCUCGACAUCCCUGCUGGUACGGCUGUCCGCUUCGAGCCUGGGGACACCAAGACCGUGUCUCUCGUUUCAAUCUCUGGGUCCAAAAUCAUCUCGGGUGGGAACGCGUUAGCGUCCGGAGUAUAUGAUCCAUCCCCUGAGAGGACAAGUGCUAUUUUGGACGAGAUACUGCGAAAAGGGUUUGCCCAUGUCCCGGAGCCUGGUGCGCUAGAAGUCAACAUGGACGAAAAUGAGAUAGGAAGAGAGGUAUAUAUUUCUAUGUUCGGCCCAACUGUUGGCGAUCGUGUCAGGCUCGGAGACACGACCUUGUGGGUCGAAGUGGAACACGACGAAACUGUUUAUGGAGACGAGGCCAAAUUUGGAGGAGGAAAAUCGAUCCGUGAGGGAAUGGGGCAGGCGACUAAUAGGUCCUCUGAAGAGACCCUCGAUCUCGUUGUCACAAAUGCACUCAUUAUCGACUGGUCUGGAAUCUACAAAGCCGAUAUUGGAGUCAAAAAUGGUUUAAUUGUGGGAAUCGGAAAGGCGGGAAACCCAGAUGUAAUGGCGAAUGUACACCCUUCACUCAUCAUUGGGUCUUCCACGGAAGUUAUUGCUGGCGAAAAGCUCAUCGUCACAGCAGGUGCCAUCGAUGCUCAUGUUCACUACAUCUGCCCCCAGCAGAUCGAAGAAGCUUUGGCAGCCGGUACGACGACUUUCAUUGGAGGUGGAACUGGACCAAGUGCAGGCACGAACGCGACGACGUGCACAAGCAGUCCAUUCUACAUGAGACACAUGCUUGCGGCUACUGACGGCCUCGCCAUGAACGUGGCUUUUACUGGAAAAGGUAACGACGCAGGUCCGACAGCGCUAAGGGAAAUCAUAAAGGCUGGUGCAUGUGGUCUCAAGUUGCACGAAGACUGGGGAUCCACACCAGCUUCUAUCAUCAACUGUCUUGACGUGGCGGACGAAUUUGAUGUGCAGGUGAACAUUCACACUGAUACGCUGAACGAAAGUGGAUUUGUUGAAAGUACCAUCGCUGCAUUUGGGAACCGGACAAUCCAUACCUACCACAGCGAAGGAGCAGGUGGUGGUCAUGCGCCUGAUAUUAUCGUUGUUUGUGGCCUCCCAAACGUCCUGCCGUCUUCAACCAAUCCCACUCGACCAUAUACCAACAACACCCUGGACGAACAUCUAGACAUGUUAAUGGUUUGCCAUCACCUUGACAGAUCCAUUCCUGAAGAUUUAGCAUUCGCCGAAUCACGUAUUCGGGCAGAGACUGUGGCCGCUGAAGAUGUGCUACACGACUCAGGCGCAAUUGCGAUGAUUAGCUCCGACUCACAGGCGAUGGGACGGGUGGGUGAAGUGGUCAGUCGAACAUGGCGUACAGCCAGCAAGCUUCGUGAGUUCAGGGGUCCACUCAAUGAUCUCGGAGACGAGGAAGGCAGGGAUAAUGCAAGAGUCAAGAGAUAUAUCUCGAAAUACACUAUUAACCCGGCAAUUACCCAUGGAAUCAGUCAUAUGGUUGGCCAAGUUGCUGUGGGCACCCUCGCGGAUCUCGUUCUGUGGAAACCGGAAAACUUUGGUUCCAAACCGCAAAUGGUGUUGAAGUCAGGUGUCAUAGUAUGGGCGCAGAUGGGCGAUGCAAAUGCCUCCAUUCCAUCCGUGCAGCCAUUCUACUCCAAGCCAAUGUGGGGCGCCAAAGCUGGCUCAGCUGCCCUGAACUCCGUGGCAUUUGUGUCAGAGGUUUCCAUAACAUCUGGCACGAUAGCGUCCUAUGGUCUCUCCAAACGUGUCGAAGCUGUCCGUGGUUGUCGCCAAGUGACCAAGAAGGACAUGAAGUGGAAUGACGCGACGCCGAAAAUGUCUGUCGACCCAGAGAACUACGAGGUUCGUGCAGAUGGAGAGCUAGCGGAUAUUGCACCAGCCCAGACAUUGCCAUUGUCAAGGGGGUACAAUCUUUUCUGA